AUGGCUCUUUCCGCAGCUUCACAGAUUAAGGGCGGCCGCCGCCUCUGCGCCGCCUGGGAGGAGCUCUGCGUCCCGCCGCGUCCGCCCCACAGCUGCGCCUGCGUCUGGAGUUCUGGAGCCGGGCGCACCAGGAAGUGGCUCUUCCCAGCGGCAGCGAUCCAGGCCACUGGCAGGUUUUUUUGUUUGGCACCUCAGGUCUUUAAGAGGAUUUAUUGGUUAGAAGGUAUUGAGAGAAGAGUCCCAAUGCACAAACCUAGAUGCUUCCUUUCCAGGGUGGGUUUCUUCUCCAAAUCAGGACUGCUCUACUGGUGUCCCAGAAAACCUCCAGAUUGGUCACAGCUUUUAUUGGGGUCAGCACGUAAGAGAACCUUCACUCAUGUGAUCACCAAGAGGCGUCAAAGAGGACAGAAAAGUCAGAAGAAACCAAGCCAUCUUGGACCACUAGAUAGUUCCUGGCAGGAAAGGCUGGCUGAUGUUGUGACGCCACUCUGGAGGCUGAGCUAUGAAGAACAGCUCAAGGUGAAAUUUGAAGCUCAGAAGAAAAUUUUACAAAGAUUAGAGUCUUACCUCCAAAUGUUCAACGGAUUCAAAGUGACAACAGCUGCACCCAAAUCGGAGGAAUUCUGUUGUCUUCUCCAACCUAUUAUACCCUCUCCUGUCAUCGAUGGCUACCGAAAUAAGUCCACCUUUUCUGUGAACCGAGGUCCAGAUGGCAAUCCGAAGACUGUGGGAUACUACCUUGGAACUUGGAGAGACAGAAACAUGGUCUGUGUGCGGUCUAACCAUCUGAAAAACAUCCCUGAGAAACACAGUCAAGUGGCCCAGUACUAUGAAGUAUUCCUUCGACAGUCCCCAUUGGAGCCCUGCCUUCUGUUUCAUGAAGGUGGACACUGGCGUGAGCUCACAGUCCGCACCAAUAGCCAAGGGCACACAAUGGCCAUCAUUACUUUCCAUCCCCAGGAAUUAAGUAAGGAGGAGCUCUGUGUUCAGAAGGAAACUGUAAAGGAGUUUUUCAUCAAAGGUCCAGGAGCAGUCUGUAACUUGACAUCACUGUACUUCCAGGAAAGCACCAGGACCCGUUGCAGCCAUCAGCAGUCCCCCUUCCAGCUCCUUUUUGGGGAACCCCACAUCUUUGAAGAGCUCUUGGGCUUGAAGAUCCGCAUCUCUCCAGAUGCCUUUUUCCAAAUUAACACUGCUGGUGCAGAGGUGCUGUAUCGGACCAUAGGGAAGCUGAGUGGAGUGAACUCUAACACUAUCCUCCUUGAUAUCUGCUGUGGAACUGGUGUGAUUGGUCUCUCUCUGGCUAAAUAUACCUCCCAGGUCCUUGGGAUUGAAUUGGUGGAGCAGGCGGUAGAGGACGCCAGGUGGACUGCAGCCUUCAAUGGCAUCACCAACUGUGAAUUCUACGCUGGUCAAGCAGAGAAGAUUUUGCCACAGCUGCUAAAGUCAAAGGAAAAUGGGCAGUUAAUUGUUGCUGUGGUAAACCCAGCUCGGGCAGGACUGCAUUACCAGGUGGUUCAAGCCAUUCGAAACUGCAGGGCCAUCUGCACACUAGUUUUUAUUUCCUGCAAGCCCUAUGGUGAAACCACUAGGAACAUCAUUGAGUGAGUCUUGAUGUCUUUUUUUAAGUUAUUUUUUUCCUGAUGAUCAAAGUAAUUCAUGUUUAUUUUGAGGAAUUUGGAAAAUAAUGACACUAAGAGUCAAUUAUAGGGUUCAGUCUUGGGUGAGGUAAGUGAAGCAACUUACUUCUGUUUAUAACUUAAAGGAUGCCCAAAAUCUCAGUAAUUGAGAUUCAUUUUUAAUGUCAUAUUUUCAAAAAUAAAAAUUAGUACACAAAUCAAUGAUGACCAAAAUAUUAAGAUUGUUUAGAAAGGUGAGAUCCACUCUUCCACUUGAUGAACCUUGCCUCAUUCAUCUUACCCUAAUCUUGGCCCUGGUUCCAAUAAAACUUUAUUGAUAUAAUAAGCAGCCAACCUGCAGGCCAUAAUUUUCUAAUUUGAUUUUCCAAAAUAUUGCAUAAAAAUAUAUGUGUCUUGAUUACUGAGUUGUUUGGGUUUUUUGGCAUCCUAUUAAAUUUUGCAUCCAAAGUGAA